UUUGCUGUUCGUUUCGAUGCUGUCGUCGACUCUGAGGAGUGCUUUGGUCUAGCUCGUCGCGUACGACGAGGAUGGCUGUAUGUGUAUGGAUUACACAGCACUUGCUGGACGCGUUUCCCGGCGUUCCUGGCUCGCUGAGUUGCGGUGAGGCGUGCUGACGAACGGCUGAGCGUUGCCAACUGUGUGUGCGUGCACUAGGUGGCGCGUAUAGUUGCAAUAAUCGCGGCGAGCGCCAAGGCCUUGACAGGCCUCUAAGGAACUGGUCACACGUGGAUCGUCAAACAGAAGCAGGAAGCACGACAGUGCCUCACUCUGCUGCCAAAAAGGCCACAAAAGGCGAUAUUGGUGCCGCGGCGUCGGAGCGCGACGCAAAAUUAGCACAGCCAGCACUGCUCUGCAGGCCAGCACCGCGCGCGCACGCCGUCAAGACGCUAGAAAAUGGCCAGCCAACCCCAGCGCAGCCGCAGCCGCAGCCGGGACGACUCCGACGCCGACCCGCCGAGACGAGACCCCGAGCGCGAGCAGCUCGAGCGGGACUUGGACGAUCUCGAGCGGUGGAAGGAGACGGGCGAGCUGCCGCCGGGCUAUGAUUCGCGGGAACAGCUCGAGAGGGACCUCGCGGAUUUAUCGAGAUUGAACGACCAGCGGGAGCUGCCGCCCGGGUAUAGCUACCUGCCGCCGCGGCCGCCGCCCCCCCCCAGACGGUUUCAAAGAUCAGACAGGGUCGUGUGCUCGCUCGGAGGCGGCUUCGGGUGGCUGCCGGGCGCCGUCCAAAGUGUGAAUGAGCCGAACCCGCAGGAUCCUACCGAACUCUUUCCGUACGUCGUCAAGCUCGACCCGCCACUGGGCAAGUUGAUAUCGGUGCCGGAAGACCGGAAGAACUUUUGUAGAAGCGAAAUCUGCUUCGACGGCGACGUGCCGGGCGGGGCGCAGUUCUCGAUCGCGUGCCUUACCCGUGUGGCAAUCAAAUUUACGCGACGCCUGCUCGAUGGCAUUGAUUUCCACACAGGUGCCUACCUCUCAACCCCACGAAGAAGCGGCGCUUCGCCGUCGGCGAUAAGGUGUGCGUUGCGGUGGAGGACCCUGAAGAUGUCCACACGGACUGGGCCGCCGGUGAGGUCGUACAGGUGGAUGUUGAUGUCGGCGCCGCGUCGAAGAUGCCGUACCGCGUCCGGCUCGACGACACCGGUGGGAGGUCGGUCCUCGUGCAUCGGGAGGAGCACCGCUUCAUCCGCUCGCGCGACCUCCAGGCCCCGGGCCCGCGCACCGGCGCGACGCGCGUCCUCGACAAGUUCGUAACGAGGCAGAAGAAAGACGGCUCCUGGGAGAAGGUCGACCACGAAACGUUGAAAGUCCGCGCCUGCGCUGACCCCAACGCCGACGAGGGCGACUACUGAGCUCUGGCUAAGAAUAUACAUA